AUGAGCACUCACGACUAUGAGGCCGUCCGCAAGGACAUCGUUGCCCAGUUGAAGAAGCCCGACUAUGACGAUGGAAGCGCAGGUCCCGUUUUCGUGCGUUUGGCAUGGUAUGUGAAAAAAUCUCCCACCGCCAAUCUUUCCGGCCCCCGGUCGGGAUUUCUUGCAACGCCACUGACACCGUCCCCCAGGCACUCCUCCGGGACAUAUGACGUUGAAUCCGACACAGGCGGUUCCAACGGAGCAGGCAUGCGAUACGAAGCAGAGGGAGGCGACCCAGCCAACGCGGGUCUGCAACACGGACGAGCAUUCCUAGAACCGGUCAAAGAGAAGCACCCGUGGAUCACGUACUCCGACUUAUGGACACUGGCAGGAGUCGUGGCGAUCAAGGAACUGGGUGGACCGGAUAUCCCAUGGCAAGGGGGACGGACAGAUCUGGUUGAUGACAGCAAGGUGCCCCCACGCGGACGGCUGCCAGACGGUGCCCAAGGCGCCGACCACCUGCGCUUCAUCUUUUACCGUAUGGGCUUCAAUGACCAAGAGAUUGUAGCACUGACGGGAGGGCAUAACCUUGGACGGUGCCAUGGCGAUCGCAGCGGGUUCGAUGGGCCGUGGGUGACGAACCCGACACGAUUCUCGAACUCGUUCUUCAAGUUGUUGCUCCAGCUUGAUUGGAAGCCUCGCAAGCUGGCGACCGGUAUGUCGCAGUUUGUGUAUGAAGAUCCGGAUGCCGACGAGGAUGAGGAGCCCUUGAUGAUGCUGCCGACCGACAUGGCGCUGUCAACGGAUCCCUCAUUCGCUCCAUGGGUGAAGCGAUAUGCCGAAGAUAAGGAACUCUUCUUCGAUCAUUUUGCCAAGGUUUUUGCCAAGCUGAUUGAACUGGGUAUCCGACGUGAUGCUCAGGGUGCUGUUACCAACACUGACGGUACCCUUGGUGGUUAUGUCUCAGCGCCCAAGAAGAGUGAUACUGCGACUGGCCCACCUCGGGCCCGUCUGUGA